GCUGGCGGGAACGGUGGUGGUGGGGCGUAUGGGGAGGACAGUCAGGCCUGGUCUAGUCACCCUUCGCCAGCUCACCACCGCAGACGGAAUGGCAGCCAGUGCAGCAGAGGUCGUUGACUCGGGCGAGUAUGGGCGGGUGGAGCAUGCCGAGGGGCGGUACCAGCUGUUCGUCGACGACGUCGCCGUCGCCUACAUCGCCUACGAGACCCGGGACGACGGGACGUGGGACCUUGCCCACACUGUCACGGAGGCCGAGCACAGGGGUAAGGGCUACGCAGGCGUGCUGGCAAAGGCUGCCAUUGGCCACGCUGUCAAUGCUGCUCCUGACCUCGUCGUCUCCUGCUCCUACCUCGUGGCAAAGUUCCCUGACCUCGUCGACGACCAGUGAGCCCAUGCUCGAGCUCCGAGCCCGCCCAUGCUCGAGCUCCUAGCCCGCCCAAGCCAGCCCGGCUCGCCCAAGCCAGCCCGCCCUUGCCCCGUCCCGUUACCCUCUUGUGCUUGGUCCUGCUCCCUACUCUGGCCCCAACCCUGGCCUGGCCCCGGUCGGGCGACGGCAAGUUCGCCGGCGGCAAGUUCGUCGACAGGAAGUUCGCCUGCGGAACUUGAGCGCCCGGCUUGGCUUGCCGCCGCCACAAAACCGGACGGUAAAGCUGCGAUGGCAGAGUGAUGACUUUCCGGUACACCGUGCCUCUCUUUCUUGAUCUGAUACUUCCGCUGUUCAUCAUGUCUUCGAUUGCUACCUCUGCGCCUCGGUCGUCGUCGUCGUCGGCGGCCUCCUCGGCAUCUUCGGCCAGCACGUCGCCGGCCAAGUCUUACAACCAGCGCAAGGUCCACAACGGCAAGCUGUACUCGGGCAUGCGGGUCGGGUCGACACACCGGUGGAACUACUCCGAUGCUGCGCUCGAGGUGAGCGAGAUGAAGGCGCCUGCUGGCGACUCGAGCCUCGGCGUUCUCACGCCGAUGCAGUCGCAGCUGGCGUACGAGGCGGUCAAGUCGCGGCUCAACGCCGCGCCGAUCGGCUCCGGCGCCGCAGUCAACACCAUUUACCACUGGUUUCUCGUCACCGAGCUUGCGUUUGGCGAUGCGAGCGACGAUGGCAAGGUCACGUCGGCCACGCUCCGUGGACCCAAGUUCAAGCUCGCCCACAAGCGGCCGCACUGGCGCAAGUUCUCGGCCGAGUACUCGGGCAACACGCCUGUGCCGCGCAAGCGCAUCGAGUGCCUCGAGUCGCUGCUCGGCGACGCGCCGCCGCGCGAGGCCGUGACGUCUGCCGCCAAGGCCGCCGCCCUCCCCUCGUACCAGGCCUCCGAGUUGCUCGAUGGCGUCGCCGCCCUCAAGCUCGGUACCUGUGACACGUCGUGGAUCGAGACCAAGGUUGGGCCCGACGAGUGGGAGGUGGCCGUCAACUACGGCCUCACCGCCGCCCCGCGAGCACUCGCAGGCGCCCGCUUCCUUGUCGUCGCCGACCAGUUUGCCACCAAGCUCAACGCCAACCAGUACGCCACCCAGCUCGCUGGCGCCAUGUACUACCUCGGCGACGGCUCACUCGCCACCCCCGCCGCCAACGCGCUCAAGAUCAAGAUCGUGUCCGCCCUCACCUCGGCGCUCAAGUCCGAGUUGCCGGCGCUCAAGCCGGCCCAGCCGUCCCCGCCGCCGCCCAAGCCACUCACGGCCUUCUGGCAGGCCGUCGGCACGCCCAUGCCCGUCAUGCCGCCGCCCAAGAAGGUCUCGCGCAAGCGCCCGCGCGAGCCGGAGGAAAAGCUUGUCCACCCUGACGUCGCCGUCGGACCCAUCGUCCGUCCGGCCGAGCUCACCAAGCGCGCUAAGACAACAUCGGCGGGCGCUGACGCCGACAUCCUUGCCCGCCUCAAGCACGAGCUCUCGCCAUCGGCAGGCAUCCUCUACGCGCCCGGCGCCGUUCCGGCCGACCAAGCUGAUGCCCUUUUUGACGCCAUGGCCACCACGGUUCCUUGGGGCGCCAAGCGCUGGCGCGGCUCGGUCCUCCCGCGCCUUGUCUGGCACUACCAGGAAGGCGUUGUCCCGGCCCUUGACAUGCUUCUCUGCUCCAUCUCAUCCGCGUUUGGCGUCUCGGCCAUCAAGGGCGCGUUCUGCAACCUCUACCGCAACGGCGAGGACCAUACCCCGUACCACGCUGACGAGUACGGCGCUGAUGUGCUCUCCAUCUCGCUUGGCGCCACUCGCAAGUUCCACUUCAAGCCCAAGGGCGUUACCGGCGCUGCCGCCACCGCCCGCCGCAUCACCUAUGAUCUGGCCCACGGCGACGUCCUCAUCUUUGACGAGUCAGUCAACGCCCGCUACCUCCACACUGUGCCCAAGAUGAAGGCCGUUACCGCCGCCCGCAUCAACGUUACCGUCUUUGCUGUCCGGGACGCGCCGCCGCCGCCGCCGCCAGCGCUUGCACACCCAUCGGCCCUCGAGCCGACUCGCCCGCGCUCGCCGCCGCCGCCGUUUGUCGACGAUGACGCACUCGCUGCCGCCGCUGCCGCUGCCACCUCGCCCCUACCCACACACGAGACCAACAUGACUGCCAACCCGGCUUUGUCUGACCACCCCGCCGCUGCUCCGGCCAACAACACCACCCUCGGCCAGCCCGGCUUUGUCUCCGGCUACGGCUCCGCUCACGGCAACGCGACCGGCCCGGUUGUCGGCUCGUACGUCGCGCCGUCCGGCCCUGCCACCGUCCAGGUCCAGGAGGCUGAGGCCUUUGAGAACGUCGUCGUCCGCGUCCCGCGCGCCGAGGCCACCAUCGUGCGCCGCGGCCCGCCGUCGGUCCGCACCCAGGUUGUGCCCGGCCCGACCUUUGUCAAGGUUGUGCCCGAGUACGUGGCCGGCCCGGUCCGCACCAUCAAGGAGGUCAUCCCUGGCCCCGUGACGUACCGCGACGAGAAGGUCGAGGUCCCCGGCCCUGUCCGCGAGCGCAUCGAGCGCGUCGAGGUUCCCGGCCCGGUUGUCGAGCGCGUCGUCCACGACUACGUGCCCGGUGCCGUUGUCGAGAAGGAGGUCAAGGUCGAGAUCCCCGGCCCUGUGACCUACAAGGACGUCAAGGUCCAGGUUCCUGGCCCGGUCAUCCGUCGCCCGGUCCCCAAGCAGGUUCAGGUCCCCGGCCCCGUCCGUGUCGUGAAGCAGCGCGUCCCGGUCCCGCAGCCGCACAUUCGUGAGGUCACCGUCAAGCGCAAGGUUGCCGUCCCCAAGCCGGUCAACGUCGAGAUCCCCGGCCCGACCCGCGAGAUCCUUGUCCACAAGCGCGACAACCUCCUUGAGGCCGAGAACGCCCGCCUCCGUGCCGAGAUCGCCUUCCUCCAGUCGAUCCCGUCUGCCCCGCACUUUGAGGUUCUCGCCCGCCGUGAGAUCAAGCAGCAGCAGCAGCAGUUUGGCGGCUACCCGCAGCAGUUCGGCGGCUACCCGCAGCAGCAGACCUACGGCUCGGCUUACCCCGGCUACGGCUUCUAGAUCGUGUGUGAUUCCCCUUAUGAAACGCGAUUGAUGCAGU